CGAGGCGUCAGCGGGUUUAUGACUUCCUGUACGAUCCGGUUCACACGGUUUCCUCUGAGGUCGACCACGUCCGGUCCAGAGCCUCCACACACCGAGUGUGUCGAGUGCCUAAGUUUGGCUCCAUGUUCAGCAGCCUGCCUCACCACCCAGGGUACACUCUUCAGCUGAGCCCCGCCGACCCCAUCCCACCGUCUGUGGAUCGAUCCUGGCGAGGCCCCGGGGAGCAGCACGCAGGGGUUAUUCCAAGAAGGCAGGAUGGGCGUGUUGGAGCUGAUCGCUGGAAAUACUUUCAACGUCCUCUGAUUCCCUCGACACAGCAGCUCCUCCCUGAUGCCAUCUAUGCUCUGCCACAAGAAAACUUCGUAACGCCUGGUGGAAAAGAUGCAGAGCAGCAGCCCACACACGUCACUGUGGAUGUGCAGACGGACUACAGGGAGAGCGAAACGCAGACGGACCCAUACAGCCCCGAGUACGUGAUACGACCGGGGACGACUCCGACAGAGCUGCUGCUACUGGCUCCUUUGACUUGGG